GAGGGCACCACCAUCUGCCCCUAACACUCAUCCUCGUUUCCUCGUGUUCCCUUCCCUCUCCGGACGUGCUCCGCCCCGGCCCCGGAUCGCCGGACCUCCCCGCCUCGCCAUGCCGCUCGUCUCGCUCCGGGCAAAGCUCAACACGCUUCUCGCCGUCAUGUACGCCUCGGGCACGCUGGACGAGCAGUUCAAACAGCUGCGGGCGAUGGAGGAGGACGGCGGCGCGCCCCCGGGGUUCGUCGCCGAGGCCGUCACCCUCUUCAUCCGCGAGGCCGACAGGAUCCUCACCGAACUCGCCGCCCUCAUGAAGCAGCGCGUGGUGGACGUCGACAAGGCGGACGCCCUGCUGCGUCAGCUCAAGGGCAGCUGCAUCAGCAUUGGUGCUAAGCAACUGAGCGUCUCCUGCACGUACUUCCGUCAGUUCUACAAGGAAAAACCCAAAGGAUGCCUCUUUGUGCUGACUCUUUUGAGGAAUGAGUUCUAUGAUGUGCGCAACAAGUUCCAGACCAUGAUGCAUCUGGAGCAGCAAAUCGAGGCCUGCAGUCCUAAGUAAACUUGCAACAACUGAAGCAAGAGCAUAUGUAGAGUGAUCCCUGGCAUGAUGGGGUGUAUGCAUCUUUGAAGAUUGUGGACAAUGUUCAACGGUUGUUUGGCUUUGGAGGUCCUUCGUGGGAUCAGACUGGUUCUCGCGCGGCAGAACUCCGUGCUCACAACCCUUCAAAUGGAACUUCUUGUCAUGUGUUAAUGUAUGUCUCAACUCUAUACCCGUUUAUGUCCAAUUAAUGGGCCGCUGUUGGAAGACCGCUCUAUGUAAAUUCUACCUGAUUGGCUAGUUGGUUGCUGGGGACUUGGUUUUGUUUUA